AUGACCGGAGAGAAGAUCCGCUCUCUGCGCAAGGACCACAGAGCCGGUCAGGACGAUGACCUGCUGGAACCCGAAGAAGAGGCAGCAACUGGGAUGUUCACCUCCUCCAAAGCAAACAGUAAGAGUAGGGCGAGUCGUAUCUUCAGCAAUCACAAGUUAGUCAAGUCCACGCAGCAGCAACAGCAGAAACCGAACCAACACGCCAAUGCUAACAACACGCCGUCUUCAGCCGAUGUUGUUGACGACAACAACAAAAACCCCAUUAUCCGAAGUGGACAAGACUUUCCGGUACACGAAUGUGUGUUUCAAGGAGAUGUGCGACACCUUUCGUCGCUUAUACGGACCCAAAACAUAUCCCAGAAAGACAUUCAUGGGAACACACCGUUGCAUCUGGCUGUCAUGAUGGGGCACAAAGAAUGUGCCCAUCUGUUGCUGGCCCACAACGCAUCAGUGAAGGUGAAGAAUGCUCAGGGAUGGAGUCCCCUUGCAGAGGCUAUUAGUUAUGGAGAUAGACAGAUGAUAACUGCACUGCUGAGGAAGCUGAAGCAGCAGUCCAGAGAGAGUGUAGAGGACAAAAGACCAAAGUUGUUAAAUGCACUGAAAGAGCUUGGAGACUUUUACUUGGAGCUUCACUGGGACUUUCAAAGUUGGGUGCCCCUGCUCUCCCGAAUUCUACCUUCUGAUGCUUGUAAGAUCUACAAACAGGGGCUCAACAUCAGACUGGACACUACCUUGAUAGAUUUCACGGAUAUGAAGUGUCAACGGGGGGACCUUAGUUUCAUCUUCAAUGGGAAUGCUGUGCCUUCAGAGUCUUUUGUGGUGCUGGACAAUGAGCAGAAAGUGUAUCAGCGGAUACACCAUGAGGAGUCUGAGAUGGAGACAGAGGAGGAAGUGGACAUUCUGAUGAGCAGUGACGUGUACUCAGCCACACUCUCCACCAAGUCCAUCACCUUCUCCAGAGCACAAAGCGGUUGGCUCUUCAGAGAAGACAAGACGGAGCGUGUUGGAAAUUUCCUGGCCAACUUUUACGUUGUGAAUGGGCUGGUACUGGAGUCCAAGAAAAGGCGAGAGCAUCUGAGCGAAGAGGACAUCUUGAGAAAUAAAGCCAUCAUGGAGAGUCUGAGCAAAGGAGGAAACCUCGUUGAUCAAAACUUUGAGCCCAUGAGGAGACAAUCUUUAACUCCCCCUUCAGCCAGCACCAUAUCCUGGGAGGAGUACAUCACUGCUGACAAUGGAAAAGCACCUCAUCUGGGCAGAGAGCUGCUCUGCAAAGAAAGUAAGAAAAACUUCAAGGCUACCAUAGCCAUGAGUCAAGACUUCCCCCUGAGCAUCGACUCGUUGUUGAAUGUUCUGGAGGUAAUUGCACCCUUCAAGCACUUUAAUAAACUCAGGGAGUUUGUGCAGAUGAAGCUCCCUCCUGGAUUUCCUGUCAAACUCGACAUCCCAGUCUUUCCUACCAUCACAGCCACUGUGACUUUCCAUGAAUUUCGCCACGACAGCUUCGACGAAAGCAUUUUUACCAUCCCCGGCGAAUACAAAGAGGACCCGACCCGCUUCCCGGACCUUUAA